AUGGACACGAUCCAGGAUUACAGCCUUAAUGCCCCUCGGCCCAGCCAACUACAGCUCCUCAUCCGACUCAACGUCCUUGACGGCCUUGCUCGAAAUGCUGAAGCCCUGGGUUUCCCAGUCAAGGGCCUCUGCGCCGACGAGUUCAUUUCUCCUUUCAACUACCAGGAUGGGCAUCGGCCGUCAUCGCAGCCCUCCCACCCCGAGUCCCUCAGUCCGACGGCCCUCCAGCGAACGGUGCGACAUCACCCAUGGGUUGACCUCUUCCCUCUGGCGCGGCUUCGUGAUAACGUCCUCCGCGGUCUCGAUUCAGAAGCAAUUAACGAAGAUGAGCUAUGCUCCGACCUACUCAACGUUGAGGAUACGAACUGUUCAGACGUAGAGAAGCCGUCGCUCAUCCUCUGGGGCGAAUCGUGGGACAUCAAAGGCUGGGAGGCGAGCGCCGCUUUCCUGCGCAAGUGGGGCUGGAUCACGCAGGGUUGUCCAGAACUGAUCGAGGGAACUAACUACUGGCGGCAAAUACGGGGCGAGCAGGGCAUUGUCUUCAAUGUCAGUGACGAUGGUGCGAGCACAAUGGCGAAUGCCAACUUUAUUUCGGCUUCAUCGGGAUCAAGGAUUUUACCGGCGAUAACGGCUACACCCGCGGAAGACACUAGACCAACUGACUGA